AUGGUUUCUGCUUAUUCCAUUGGAACUGCAAAGAGAGACAGUCCUAUCAAAAAUUUGGUUCCUGCUCCAAAUGCUUACUCCUUAAAUAAUCAACCGACCUCUCCUCAGUGGACAAUCGGAGGAAAAGUAAAGAGAGAAGUAAGAAUAAAAUCAUACACUCCUGGACCAGGUUAAUAUCCAUAGAAAUCUUUGAUCAAUGGUGCACCAUGUUGUACCAUUAAGGGUAGACUUAAAGAGAAAGUUAUUUCGUAAUCUCCUGGACCAGGUAAUUACAAAGAAGAACAGUUCUUGACGGUGCAUAAAAAAAUCCCAUCGUAUAGUAUGGGUGUAAAGAUUGAUAAAAUCAUCAAAAAUUUUGUUCCCGGUCCUGGAACUUAUGAUUUAAAUUAGACUCAUUAGACAACGAUUUCGAGUAAAUUCCCUAUUGAAAAAAGAAUAAGGACUAUGGAAGAUGGUUCAAGUUCACCUGGACCAGGAUAAUACGAUUUAACAAAUCAUAAUAAAUUUUCACCGCAUAAAUCAUAACCUUCAUGGGGUUUCGGAUCCAAGAACAAUUUUAAAAUGCAUUAAUCAUUGGAUAUGGGUUCCCCUGGCCCAGGAAUGUAUGAACUAAAGAGUACAUUGACACAAUAGAGUUUCACACUUAAACCUAAAUUAAAAACUUAAGAAUGCGAUAAGUCAAUACCAGGGCCAGGUAAAUAUUCUCCAGAUGUAUCUUUCGUUAAAUCUUCACAACCUGUAUUCAAAAUCGGGAAGGAGUCUAGACUCCCAUCAUAAAAAAUUACACAAGACCCUGGACCUGGAAGGUAUUACUCUGAGAAAUAUGACGUAAGGAGCAAGAAAACAUAGCCUUGUUACAGUUUAAGUAAAGCAAACAGAAUAUCUGUGGCUGAGAAUGAAUCGCAGUUUGUGCCUGGACCAGGAGCUUACAAUGUUCCACCUUAAAAAUUAGGCAACAUCACACUCAAAGGGGCUAAGGCUUAAAUGCGACCACAAACCAUACCGGGACCAGGAACCUAUAACCCUUAAGAUAAAUUGUGUUAUUCUUAUGAUGGAUCAGUCAAGAUUGCUUAGGAGAUUAAAUAGAACAAGGCUUAGUCUUCUGAAAAAAUGCCAGGACCUGGGGCUUACGAUUAUAAGUCUAUUUUAAUGGGACCAAGUUGGGGAUUUGGUAAGUCGAGAAAACGAAAACCCAUCUAUAAUAUCAAUAACAGUCCAGGGCCUGGUGCUUAUGAUGUACCAUCUAAAUUUGCUGAUGUUCCAAAAUACUUGAAUUGUAAACCUAAGUUUUAAGUUUGA